UCGUCUAGUCCUCUGUUCGUCUCUCUUUCUCUCUCUCGUUCUGUGUAAAGUGCAAAUCCUAUAGACCUUAACUCCACAAAAUGGAAAAGAACACAAGUGGUACAGGACCUCCAUCACCAAUUGCAGCAACAGCAUCGACAUCAACAACCUUUGUUCAAGCAGACACUCACACCUUUAGAGAGCUUGUGCAGAAACUCACAGGCGCCGGCGACGAUUUGCAGGAAAAGCUUCCAAUAACACUUCCAGCGAGAUUCUCUUCAAGAUCUUCACUUUCGGGCGAAAUGGUCGGACCUCGACGAUCAGCUUUCAAGCUUCAAGAAAGGAGACAGAAUAUGAGGAAGCUCGAAAUCAAGCUUGGUCUCACUUCAAUUCGAAGCCCACCUUACUCACCUCGACAAAUCCAAACACAAACACAUCCGGUCUUGUCUCCGGUUCCAAGUCCGGUGACCCCAAUUGGUUCUGACACUUUGUCCUCUGUUCAUUGCUCUUAUUCGGGUAGUGAAUCUCCAUCUUCGCCUGCGGUUUGGGAGGAAGAGAAGGCAAUUGCAGAGAAAGGGUUUUAUUUACAUCCAUCGCCGUUGAGCACUCCAAGGGGUUCAGACCCACCUGAACUUCUACCUCUGUUUCCUUUGAGUUCUCCAAGGCAACAAUCUAGGGAUCCGUGAAAGGCUUUGACAAAAAAAAAAAAGGGUAUGUACGUCCUAGGAUUUCCAUAAAAUUCUAGUUUUUCAGCCAUUUUUUGUUUGAUUCAAGAUCUUUUUUUCUGGGUUUAGUGAGAGACUC